AUGGCCGAGCUCCCUUUGGAGGAGCACCUCAACUCCCACCCUAUGUCCCUGAGGCGUGGGCACUCCGUGUAUGAGGACGAGAACGAGCGGACGUGGCUGCCCCUUCUCUUUGACAUAGGAGGUGUCCUGCAAGUAUGCUUGUGCCAGAAAGACAUCCCCAGUGGGGACAUCUUACUCACAACCAACCCGCUGACCUCGAGCACCCUGCCUUGGAUGUGGACGCUCCACCCUGAAGGCCAUUACCUGGACCCCAUGUUCCGAUUCUGGCGCAUUGUGCACCAUGUCAAGAAAAAUGGCAUGGAGGAAUUGAUCCUUGAGCUGAUUGACGACUUGUCGGAUAUGUGA